UCUUCUUCUUCCUCGACAACGCGAAAAACGUUUUGCCGGCGUUUUUUAGCAUAAUUUUCCUGUUUUUCCUGUAAAACCCGACGAAAAUCACACAAACAUCAUGUCGGCUGGCAUGCCCAUCAACCCCAAGCCCUUCCUGAACGGCCUGACGGGAAAACCAGUGCUGGUGAAGCUGAAAUGGGGCCAGGAGUACAAAGGCUUCCUGGUCUCCGUCGAUGGAUAUAUGAACAUGCAGCUGGCCAACACGGAGGAGGUGAUCGAGGGCUCCGUCACCGGUAAUCUCGGCGAGGUGCUCAUCCGCUGCAACAACGUGCUGUACAUCAAGGGCAUGGAGGACGACGACGAGGAGGGCGAGAUGCGGGAUUAGCAAGAAAGAGAAUCGCUUGCGAGAAGGAAGCCACUUAACUUAAGUCUAUGAAAUUAAUGAAAUAAAGCUAUUUUUAUUUUGUAGUCGAAA